AUGGACAGGAAGCAUUUUGAAAGGCCUCACAGCCGUGCCUCGGCGGGCAGGCCAUCAUCAGCCCUAUCCUACAACUCCAGAAUCUCCCCCAUACCCACGAAGGACCCAUCUCAUAUGAGGGGACCUCAGGACUCUGGCCGCAGGAACAGACAGUCACUCUCCACCAUCCUGCUCUGCAAGUCAAAAAGCAGCCAGGCCGCCCUGGCGCCCAAGGAGCACACGAUGUUCAUGGAGGAGGCCUACAACUCAGCCAUCUGCUUCAAGAUGCUCAGGGACAUGAGCAGCGCGGACCCCUACCACCUGAAGUACAUGCUCAAGAAGCUCAAGAACAUGGCGCAAGGGUCCCCCAACCUGGUGAUGGAGACCAUGCACGACUACUUCAUGGACAACCCGGAGAUCUCCACCCGGCACAAGUUCAGGCUGUUCCAGGCCCUGGAAAUCGUCAUUAAAGCCAGUGACUCCCUGGAUGAGAGCUGGGAGCAAAUCUUCAUGAAGCUGGCCCUGGAGAACAUGGCCAAGUCCACGGAGCUGGAAGACACAUACCAGGACGCAGCCAGCAAAGUACUGGUGGCCAUCUGCAAGCACUCGUGGCAGGUGGUGACCCAGCACCUGGAGGCAGAGCUGCUGACCGGGAUCUUCCCACACCGCAGCCUGCUGUACGUGAUGGGCCUCCUGUCCUCAGAUGAGGAGCUGUUCAGCGAGGAAGACAAGGCAAACUGGGAGCAGAAGCUGACCCAGAUGGCCAUCAAGUCAGUCCCAUUCCUGAACACAGACGUGUGGGCCAAGGAGCUACUGUGGACACUCAGCAAACCCAGCCCCACCCAACAGGAGCAGCCCCCAGAAAAGACCUUCCUGUUUAUCUACUACGGGCUCAUCCUUCAAGCUGAAGGGAACAGCGCCACGGUCAGGACACACCUGCAAACUCUCCUGGGAACAUCCCACCAGUGGCCCAAGCAGAGGGAGGGCAUUGCUCUCACCUUGGGGCUGGCCGCGACCCGCCACCUGGAUGAUGUCUGGGCUGUUCUGGACCGGUUUGGUCGGAGCACACCCAUCAAAUGCAGCCUCCACAGCUUCUCCCAAAAGAACACAGAGGACCUACAGUGGAAAUGGGCCAGCAGCACCAUCCUCCUGGCGUAUGGACAGGUGGCAGCCAAGGCCAAGGCCCACAUCCUCCCCUGGGUAGACAACAUCUUGUCACGGAUGAUCUUCUACUUCCACUACAGCUCCUGGGAUGAGAUACUGAAGCAGAGCUUCCUCUCUGCCAUCCUGAUGCUGAUGGGAGCCAUCCAUCGGGACGAGGGCGCCCACAGCUAUGAGUUCGCCCAGACCUCCAAGCUCCUUGAAUGUUUGAUGGUUCUGAUGGAGAAGGAGCCCCAAGAUACCCUGUGCACGCUGAGUCGCCAGCAGACCAUCAACAUCAUCUCCAGCCUCUGUGAGCUGCCACCACCCUUGGACUUCGAAAAGAAGUCGAAGCUCCUCUCUACCUGCUUCCGCAGCGUGUUUGCCCUGCCGCUGCUGGACGUCCUGGAGAAGCACUCCUGCCUCUUUCUGGAGCCGCCCAACAUCAAGACCCUGUACAACAAGACCUUGGAGGCACUGGACCAAAUGCUGCACAGCCUUAUCACCCAGAACCCUACCCACGCAGAGCUGCACUUCCUGCUGUCGCAUAUGUACGUCUGGCUGGCGUCGGAGAAGUCACACGAGAGGCAGCGGGCUGUAAGCAGCUGCACGAGCCUCCUCAAAUUCCUAAGCCACAACCUUCUCCUGGAUCCAAAAGAGAACUUCAAGAGGUUUGGGCAGCUGGUGGGCAUGCUGGGUGUCCUAUGCCAGGACCCAGACAAGGCCACCCAGAACUCCAGCCUGGAAGGGUUGUGCCAUCUCCAUCAGCUCCUCAUGUACCAGAAAGAAAGAGAAGCUUCAGGGGUAACCCCGAAGACCCUCAGGAAGCUCUGUCAGUCCAGCGAGGACGAAGCCCCACCCUGGAGCAGUGAAGACCAGAGGGCGACUCCCCCAGACCCCCUGGAGACAAUGUUACAGCAAGAGAAGAACCAGGUCUUUCAGCUCAGCAGCUCCCAAGUCAUCAAGGAGAUCACACAGCAUCUCACAGUGGGGGAGCUGAACGACCUCCUCUGGACAGCCAUCAACAGCCUGGGCUCCAACAGCUCCUUCUGCGUGCAGGCGGCUGCUGAGAUGCUGCUUGCUGUCAUCCAGGAUCACGGGGCCAAGCUGAAGACUGUGGCCAACAUGGGCCGGGCCAUCCACAUCCACCUCUGCUCUCUGCGCAUCCCGCAAGCCAAGGAAAACGCCCUGCGCGCCAUCACCCUGCUGGCCCGGAGCCACACUCCUGAGCUGGUGGCGGCCUUCCUGGACUUCUCCAUCCCCCUGGACAGCAAUGCCUUCCAGUUGUGGAAGGCUCUGGGGACCGAGCAGCCGGUGAGCCACUUAGUACUGGCCAUACUGCUGGCCUGGCUGCAGCAACGGCCCCUGCCUACCAGUGCUAGUGACAGUGGCAACAGGGAGAAGACCUACCUGCGCUCUCUGGCCGCCAUGAACACGCUGCACGAGCUGCAGUUUGCCCGGGAGUUCAAGAACGCAGUGCAGGAGGCCUACCCCCAGCUCCUGCUAGCCCUUGUCACACAGAUGCACUACAUCCUGGAGCUGGACCUGCCCCCAGAGACCCCGCCCAGGGAGCCAGCCCAAGAGGCAGCCCCACCUGGCCCCCAGAGCUGCAGCACAUCACUAGAGGCACUGAAGAGCCUGCUGUCCACCACAGGACACUGGCAUGACUUCGCCCAUCUGGAGCUGCAGGGCGCCUGGAAGCUCUUUGACACCAUCCACACCUACCCGAAGGGUGUGUGCCUCCUCGCCAGGGCCAUGGUGCAGAGCCACUGCAAGCAGAUCAAGGCAGUGCUCAACCAGCUGUUGCCCAGCCUGCGGAGCCCCCAGGAGCGGGAGAGGAAGGCGGCCAUCCUUAUCCUCACUGAGUUCCUCUACAGCCCUGCCCUCCUGGAGGUCCUCCCCCAACAGGCUGCUCUGACAGUGCUGGGACGAGGCCUUAGGGACCCCAGCUGUGAGGUCCGUGUGCUGAGCCUGCAGGGCCUGGGGAACAUCCUCUUCUGCCCCGAGAAGGGAAGCCUGCUCCGUGGGCAGCUGCCAGCCUUCCUUGAUGGAUUCUUCCAGAACAGCGAGCUGAUGGUCGUGCGCAUCAUGGGCACCGUGUCAGAUGUGCUGCACCGCCUGGGCAUGCAGGGCGCAGGUGCCCAGACCCUGGGGGUCGCCAUCAACGCCCGCUCAUUCUUCGACGACGAGCGGGACGCAAUUCGGGCGGCAGCCAUGGCCCUGUUCGGGGACCUGGUGGCAGUGAUGGCAGACAGGGAGCCGAGCAGCCUGCAAACCCAGGUGCACCAGAGCAUGGUGCCUUUGCUCCUGCACCUGAAGGACGAAUGCCCAGCUGUCGCCACGCAGGCCAAGUAUGCCUUCUAUCGCUGUGCCCUGCUCCUGCGCUGGCAGCUACCACACACCCUCUUCUGCACACUUGCCUGGGAAAGGGGCCUCAGUGCCCGCCACUUCCUCUGGACCUGCCUGAUGACGCACAGCCAGGAGGAGUUUAGCAUCCACCUGUCACAGGCCAUCAGCUACCUGCACAGCCGCCACCAUCACAUCAAGAUGUGGGCAGCGCUCUUCAUAGGUUAUACCACCUGCUACCAUCCCCAGGCUGUGUCCCAGAUGGUGAAGGACGUUGAUGCCAACUUGCUGCUCCGCACUUUUGAAGAUCUCAAGCAAGACCCAGAGCCUGGCGUCCGGGAAUUUGCCGCCAGGCAGCUCUCCUUCUUUCCCAAGGUGUCAACCCGAUCCCAGAAGUGA